GCGCCCGGCUUGCCGAGCCCCUUCCCCGGCGGCGGCGGCGGCGGCGUCGAGCGAGCCUCUGCUCCUUCCCCUUCCUCGCACACUUCCUCCGGCCGCGCUCACUUCCUCCGAGGAGGCGACGAGAAGCAGCAGCAGCAGCAGCAGCAGCGACGGCGGCGCCGCCCGGCCGGCCGAGCGCCAUGCGCCCAGAUUUCUGAAGGCGAGAGGAGAGGAGGUGCCAGGGCAGCCGCCAUGCAGAGCAUCAAGUGUGUGGUGGUGGGGGACGGGGCGGUGGGCAAGACCUGCCUGCUCAUCUGCUACACGACCAACGCCUUCCCCAAGGAGUACAUCCCCACCGUCUUCGACAACUACAGCGCCCAGAGCGUGGUGGACGGCCGGACGAUCAGCCUCAACCUGUGGGACACGGCCGGCCAGGAGGAGUACGACCGCCUGAGGACGCUCUCCUACCCGCAGACCAACGUCUUCAUCAUUUGCUUCUCCAUCGCCAGCCCGCCCUCCUACGAGAACGUCAAGCACAAGUGGUACCCGGAGGUGUGUCACCAUUGCCCCGACGUCCCCAUCCUGCUGGUGGGCACCAAAAAGGAUCUCCGCUCCAGCCCGGAGGCGGUGAAGAAGCUGAAGGAGCAGAACCAGGUGCCCGUCAGCACCCAGCAGGGCAUCAGCCUCUCCAGGCAGAUUCACGCCGUCAAGUACAUGGAGUGCUCAGCCCUCAACCAGGAGGGCAUCAAGGACGUCUUCACGGAGGCCGUCCGUGCCGUCCUCAACCCGGCCCCCAUCAAGGCCAAGAGACCCUGCGCGCUCUUGUGAAGGGGGACGCUGCCCAGCGCUGACCCUGCCCGCCAGGGCCGCAAACGGGUGCCCUCGGGGGUGGCUGGCCAUUCAGGGCUGGGGGGUCUCCGUAUCCCAUUCCCCCUCCUGAAUGAAGGAUCCACACCCCUCCUCCUCUCUCUUCCCCAGAUGUGACUUUUCCUUUCUGUCUUUGCCACUGUUUCUGCCCAGAUUCCCCGAUUCAAAUUACUAGGAAGGAGAUCGCAACCUCUGUAAGGUGUGAGCCGUUUGGCAGCGAAGCGGAUAACCUGGGGAGGUGGGCUCGCCUUCUUGGGGGCUUUUUUGGCAGAGGUUGCCAAGGAUUUUUGAGCUGCGGUUGCCGCAUCGCAGAGGGUGGUCUAGCGGCCCUCGGGGGUCCCCUAUGAUUCUGUGGCUCAGCUUGUUUGGACUAGGCAGGGACCCAAGGCCACGGAUGACGCUGCAGCGACCAAGAGGGGAAAACAGCCACGUUUGCACUAAUGACCUGCACAGUUUGCCUGGGACGGUGACAGCGAUUCCUUGGUGGCUUGGGCCCCCAAACACCAUCUCUGGUUGCUGGGACCUCAUUUCCCCCUCUUCUUUUAGAGAAAAGCCUUUUGGGGGGCUUCCAAGCCACCGCUCGGCUCAAGCUCGUGAGAACCUGAUGGACCUCAGAAACGUAUUGUCUGAAAGGACAUCCCCCAGGAGACAAUGGCAAGGCAGACGGACACAGAGAUCUGUGGGGUUCAUCCAGCCCCCCUGCAAAAACUUUCCUCUUGGGAGCCCACAGCCACACAGAGAGCUGCGACUCGGCAGGGACGUUCUAUGCACUGAGAUGACCCCCCCACCCCUUGCAACUCCUCCGUGACAAUUUGGGACCUGGCAGCUGUCAACAGAGAAGCUUCCUUUGCAGUCCUCCCUUCCUCUCCUCUGGGCUUUUGCGCCUGCUUCUCAGGGCUUUGGGGGGGGCGCUGAUCUCCCCGUCUCCAUCUCCCCACCUGCCUUUUUCCAAAUCGAGCCCCAGCUGGCGGCUGCACCAAUUGCACCUGAAGUACCUAUUUGCCUUAAGGAUCCUGCGGUGAAAUGCGGGACACCACCUGUUUACAGAGCCCGGCACUUGGGGUUUUGUGCGUGUGCCUGUUUUAAUUUCCUAAGGGGCUUCCUGGAGCCCAGCCUUUGCAAACCUGGCGCCCUCCUGCGGCUUCGGACUACAACUCCCAUCAGCCCCAGCCAGUCCAUGAAUUACUGCCAUGCCCUCUGUGUGGGGCUUCCCCUGCUCCUGAUCUGGGAGCCGCAGUCAGUGCAGAAUGCUGCAGCACGAUUGCUGACGGGAGUGAGACCCUGCCAGCGUAGAACCCCUGGUGCUCAGAGAUCUACACCCGCUGCCAAUCUGCUACUGAGCCAAGUUCAAGGUGUUACUAUUAGAAUAUAAAGCCCUUAAUAACUUGGCACCUGUUUACCUGCAAGAUCGCAUGACCACAACCUCUUUGAUCAGCAGAACUGGCACGGUUACAGGUGCCACAGCAACCUGUUCCGCAUUGGUGAGAACUCAAAUCUCUCAGUGUGGCAGCACCUACACUUUGGAAAUCCCUGUCUCUAGACAUCAGGCAGCUGCUUUUGCUGUGCUCUUCUCGGUGCCUGCUAGAGACAUUUCUUCUGUUCAGACAAUCCUGCCCGGAUCUUUAGAAAGUCCACUUUGAGUUUUAAAAUCUGUUUUUAGUCUUAUUGCUCUUUUAACUUUUCAAAAGCUUUCAGAUCGUUGCAGUGAGGGCUGGGCGAUAUGUGUUUUUCAACAUCACGAUAUAUCACCAGCUAAACAUCGCGAUAUACAUAUAUCACAAUGUCUGAAAUAAGGAUAGGGCUAUGGAGAGGCUCGCCGAUCGGAAGGUCGUCAGUUCAAAUCCCUGCGACAGGGUGAGCUCCCGUUGCUCAGUCCCAGCUCCUGCCAACCUAGCAGUUCAAAAACACACCAGUGCAAGUAGAU